AAUAUAAUUAUUCAAUCCAUCAAAUUUACAAAUUUACCCUCAUCUUCUUUCUCAGCAUCCUCCUCAAAUCUUCUUCAUUCAUUCUAAAUCAAAUAAUUAAUUCAAUUACUUCAUUAUGUUAUGAUUUAUGCUUGACCACUUGUGUCUUGGGAACUAAACAGACGGAUCUAUAGAGGGAAGCAAAAGUGGAAGCAUGGUUGGACAAGAUCAAGUACACAAUCCAAAGAUGAAGUUGCCAAUUGUUUUAACUGGAACCGCAAAGGAAGGUAGCACUGGUCCACCCACUGGUCUUAUUGACAUCGGCAUUAGUCAAAGUGCUUACCCCUUUCGAGUUGCGUUGCCUGGUGGCAUUGCCGAGUGUAACGAGAUGCAGAGUCAGAGGGUUAGAGCGAGAGGAGUGGCGACAGGGGAGGCUAGCGGCACCAGACAGCGGCAGAGGUUCAAGCGUUGGAUUCCGGGGGUAGAUCAAAAGCUUUUAGGACAGAUAAAGACUUUCUUCUUCUACAAUUUUCUAGAAAAUUGUGAGGAGAAAGACUUAUGGUAUAGCUUUCAGAGGUAUGGGAAAGUAUUAGAUGUUUAUCUGCCAAAGAAACGAGACAAAUGGGGGAAAAGAUAUGGGUUUCUGCGUCUGUUAGGGGUUCAGAAUGACAACCAGAUGGUGAGGAGACAUAACGACAUCUGGUUUGGAUCAUACAAGCUGAGAGUGAAAAUGGCAAAGGAGCGAAGCAAUGGGAGAGUAAAGGAGGUAGAUACAGGAGGCAGAAAACAGCACAGAGUAGACAGGUUGGUACAACCAGGACAGUCAUAUGCCCAGGCGGUGAAAGGGAAAGAACAGAAGUCUCAACAUCUGCUAAUUCAUGGAAGAACGAUGGAAAGGGACGAAAGGGACUUUACUCAUCAAAAAAAGACACCAAUUCAAGCAAGACAACAAAAAAGGAAGGAGGAAGUGGCAUCCUGCGACACAAUAAAUACCAAAAAACGGAUGGUGGAGAAUCUGGACUUGGAAACACAAGAGGAAAUUAUGGAAUUUAUACCAGAGCAGAGUGAACUUCAAUGGCUCGAAGGGAGCAUGGUGGUUAUCGUCAAAUCUCUAACAAUAAUCAAUGAUAUUCAACAGAGAAUUGACGUAGAGGGCGGCCUGAUCACUCUAGCACCAUUAGGGGGCAGAAGGGUGCUAUUAACUGAAAAGGAACCCGGGUUCUUAUUGGAAUCUAUGAAGCUCAACAAAGAAGUGCUAGCUCUGUGGUUUGAAGACAUCCAAUCAUGGGAUAAGGAAGUACAGGAACGAAGCAGAAUGGUUUGGCUACGUAUCUUUGGUAUUCCUUUAAAAGCAUGGAGUGAUAGAUGCUUUAUGAUGAUCGAAAAAUCAGUCGGAGAGGUGAUCAAGAUCCCUGAAGAUACAAAGAUGAAGUCAAUCUUAUGUGAUGGGAGAAUGUUAGUUAUAUGCUCUGCAGAUCAUAAGAUUUCUAAAAGAAUUAAACUGAAGGUGGAAGAAAAACUGUAUGAGAUUCUGGUGGAGGAAGAAGAAUGGCGAUCCAACCCAGAUUGGUGGUUGACGGAUGACGAGCGGCAGGACGAGGAUGAUCAGGAUUCGGUAAACUUCAAAAUCUGCGACGAAGAGGACGUUAGCAUUGAUGAGGAGCAAUUAAUGAAGGAUGGACAUUGGAAUUCAAAUUCAAAUUUCAUAUAUACAGAGGAAGAAAGGGAGAGGCGGCAUACAGAGGAAGUAAAUGAGGGUAGAGAGGAUGUGGGUAGUGGGCCGACCAAAGACAUUGGGCCGAAGAAAACAAAAGUAAUUGGGUUGGGAGAUAUUGGACCAAAAGAUCCAGAUGGCCUGGGAAGGAACCUUAGCCACGGACAAAAGAUGAGGAUUAAAAAGAAAGGGCCCAAGGAGUCAAAAGAUGAGGGGAUUUUACUGAAACCAGAUCUGGAUCUGAAGAUACUAGGGAGCAAACGAAGAAGAAAGCUGAAGGAAUGUUACCCAGAGAGCUUAGCGAAAAGCUGGGCAAAGAAGAUGCAGGAGACAAAUGCAAGAGCAAAACAAGGACACAAAGGGAGAGCAGAAUCUUCAACGGGGGGCUUGGGUAGUGCGUUGAAGAGGAAAGAGAUAGGAAAAUUGGUGAGAGAGGAACGACCAGAUUUUCUUUUCCUGCAAGAGUCUAAGUUAGAAAGGGUGGAUGAUGAUUUGAGUAGAACAGUGUGGAAUUCGGGAGACUGUGGCUGGGUAAUGAAGGAAUCGAUAGGAGCAUCAAGAGGCUUAUUGUGUUUUUGGAACAAAAAGAAUUUCGAUAAGACGGGAGAUCACACAGGCGAUGGUUAUCUGAGAAUAUCAGGGGAGUGGGGAUUUCAUAAGGUGAAGUGUAACCUAGUGAACGUGUAUGGUCCAAAUGAUAGACAGAAAAGACUCAAGUUAUGGGAUGAGCUGAGGAAUAUGAUCACAGAAGAGGGAGGAAGAUGGUUAAUUGUGGGAGACUUUAAUGCUGUACGAUGUCUUAAGGAAAGAAGGGGAAGAACAGGGGAGAGCCCAGAUAUGAGGGAGUUUGACACAUUCAUUCUAUCAGCAGGAUUAAUAGAUAUCAAAAUGGUUAAUAGGCGCUUCACAUGGUACAAGCCAGAUGAUCAUUGUGCAAUUGUGCUGAAAUCAAGAACAACUGAUUGGGGACCAAAGCCAUUCCGAGUUUUGGACGCAUGGUUACUCCAUCCAGAUUUUAAGAAGAUAAUCGAGGAGAAAUGGAAAGCAAUGGAGGUAGAUGGGUUUGCUGGGCUGUUAAAACAGAUUGAGCAGGUUGAUAUAAAGAAUGAGGAGCUUGACUUGGAGGAAUUUGAAAUUCUGCAGAGACAAGAAGGAUUUCAGAAAAUGUGGGACAUAAUGAGGAAGAGAGAAGUGAUAUGGAAACAGAAGUCAAGAAGAAAUUGGGUAAAGAAGGAGGCAAUGAAUUAUUUCAGCAAGCUAUUUCAAGAAGAUAAGUGGAGUAGACCAAAGCCGUAUGAGGUUAAUUUCAAGCAAAUAUCCACAGAGGAAAAUCAAUGGCUUGAACGACCAUUCUCCACCGAAAAAAUUGAGGAAGCAUUACGAAGUUGUGAAGGCUCAAAAGCUCCAGGCCCAUAUGGGUACAACUUUACCUUCCUUAAAUUUGCAUGGAAUAAUUUAAAGGAAGAUUUUAUGAGCUUUUUUUCUGAAUUUAAUAAGAAUGGGCGUCAGUUAGUUGAUGGGGUUUUGGUGUUGAAUGAAGUGGUAGAGGAAGUAAAGAAAAAGAAACAGCAGGCUUUUGUUUUUAAAGCUGAUUUUGCGAAGGCAUAUGACUGUGUGAAUUGGUCAUUCUUGGAAUGGAUGAUGGAUAGAAUGGGUUUCGGAACCAAGUGGAGAAGGUGGAUCAUGGAAUGCUUAUCAACUUCUAGAAUUUCAGUUCUAAUUAAUGUCAGCCCGACGGAGGAGUUCAAGGUUGAAAAAGGAUUACGACAAGGUGAUCCAUUAUCUCCGUUUUUAUUCUUGAUGAUUGGAGAGGGAUUAAAUGGAUUGGUGCAAAAAGCAGCGACAGAAGGGCUGUUUCGAGGUGUAGAAAUUGGCAGGAGGGGGUUAGAGUGUUCUUUACUCCAAUUCGCAGAUGACACAAUUAUUAUGGGAAAAGCUGAUACAGAGAAUGUAUUUAUGGUUAAAACAAUCCUGCAAUGGUUCGAACUGAUGUCUGGUUUACGAAUUAAUUUCAGUAAGAGCAGCAUUUAUGGAUACAAUGUGCCAGUAAAUUGGGUAGAAGGAUCAGCUGGCAUGCUACGGUGUGGUGUCGAGAAAUCUCCUUUCAUUUAUUUGGGAUUGCCCGUUGAUGGAAACCCUAGGAGAAAGAAGUUAUGGGAGCCACUAAUAAAUAAAUUCUGAGCCAAACUCGCUGUCUGGAAAGCUGCUUCGCUAUCCUUUGGUGGCCGCCUCACUCUGCUCAACUCGGUACUUUCUGCUUUACCUAUUUUUUAUAUGUCAUUGUUUUUAAUUCCAAAUUCUGUGCUUGCUGAAUUGAUUAGUAUACAGAGAACCUUUUUAUGGGGAGGGGUUGAGUCACAAAAAAAGAUCUCUUGGGUGAAAUGGGAUUAUGUAUGCUAUAGUAAACUAAAAGGGGGAUU